AUGGAAGCCUACAUGGAUGCAUGUGAUCUCUGGGAGGCAGUGGAGGAGGACUAUGAAAUUCCUCCUUUACCAGGCAAUCCUACUUUGGCUCAGAUCAAAAAUCACAAGGAGAAGAAGACCAGGAACUCUAAGGCUAAGGCCAGCCUCUAUGAUGUAGAAGAGUAUCAAGGAGAUGAGAGGAUUCGAGGUAUGAAGGUCCUCAACUUGGUGAGAGAAUUUGAGAUACAAAGAAUGAAGGAAUCUGAGACUAUCAAAGAGUACUCAGAUAGCCUUAUCAGUCUAGCAAACAAGGUAAGGCUACUUAAUGUUGAAUUUUCUAACAAUAGAAUUGUACAGAAAAUUCUUGUUACCUUACCGGAGAAAUUUGAAGCUACUAUUGCAUCUCUAGAUAAUGCAAAGAAUCUAUCAAGGAUUACCUUGGCAGAGCUAUUAAAUGCCUUGCAAGCACAGGAACAAAAAAGGCUAAUGAGGGAUGAAGGAACUGUUGAAGGUGCUUUACAAGCAAGGCAACAAUCCAACUCUAGAGUCAAAGGCAAGAAACAAAAAGGAAAGAAGAACAAUGCUACAUCAACUGAAGCUGCUAUAAGUGACAGCAACACUGGCAGUAGCAACAAAGGGGGAAAAUAUCCACCUUGUCAGCAUUGUGGAAAAAGGAAUCAUCCACACUUCAAGUGCUGGAGAAAACCUGAUAUGAGAUGCAGAAAAUGCCACAAACUUGGCCAUGCAGAGAAAAUUUGUAAGGAAAAGGCGACACCACAAUCAAAUGAAGCUCAAAUUACAGAUCAAUAA